AGGAAAUUACCAUCACGAUGGCUUCGACGUCUCAAACACAAGAAUCUGAAUGGAAAAACCAAAUAAGAGCACCGCCAAAGGAUUUACGCCCGCAAACUGAAGAUGUUACAAAUACAAAAGGUGGAGAAUGGGAAGAUUUUGGACUCAGAAGAGAAUUAUUAAUGGGUAUUUUUGAAGCAGGUUUUGAAAAACCAUCACCUAUACAGGAGGAAGCUAUUCCAUCAGCUAUAGAAGGCAGGGAUAUUUUAGCAAGAGCAAAAAAUGGUACAGGUAAAACUGCAUCAUUCGUCAUUCCAUCUUUAGAGAAGAUAAACGUACAGAAACCAAAAAUUCAAGCUUUGCUAUUAGUACCUACUAGAGAGUUGGCUUUGCAAACCUCUCAAGUAUGCAAAACAUUAGGCAAACAUUUAGGUAUACAAGUCAUGGUUACCACAGGUGGUACUACUUUAAGGGAUGAUAUUAUGAGAUUAGCCGACCCAGUUCACAUUUUAGUUGGUACACCAGGUAGAAUAUUAGAUUUGGCAAGUAAAGGAGUUGCCAACCUUGAAGAAUGUCCAACAUUCGUUAUGGACGAAGCAGAUAAAUUAUUAUCACCAGAGUUUACCCCAGUUAUGGAACAAUUGUUAGGUCAUUUACCUUCAUCUAGACAAGUUAUGUUGUUCUCCGCAACAUUCCCAUUAAUUGUUAAAGACUUUAAAGAAAAACAUAUGAGAAACCCUCACGAAAUUAACCUAAUGGAUGAAUUGACACUUAGAGGUAUCACACAAUAUUACGCUUUCGUUGAAGAGAGACAAAAAGUUCACUGUUUGAACACUUUAUUCUCAAAAUUACAAAUCAAUCAAUCAAUUAUUUUCUGUAAUUCAACCAACAGAGUUGAAUUGUUAGCAAAGAAGGUUACAGAAUUGGGUUAUUCUUGUUUCUUCUCUCAUGCAAAGAUGUUGCAGAGCCACAGAAAUAGAGUAUUUCACGAUUUCAGAUCAGGAGUUUGUCGUAAUUUAGUUUGUUCAGAUUUGUUGACACGUGGUAUUGAUAUCCAGGCCGUCAACGUAGUUAUAAACUUUGAUUUCCCAAAGAACAGUGAAACAUAUUUGCACAGAAUUGGUAGAUCUGGUCGUUACGGUCACUUAGGUUUAGCAAUAAAUUUAAUCACAUAUGAAGAUAGAUUUAGUUUAUACAAAAUUGAACAAGAAUUAGGUACAGAGAUACAACCAAUUCCAUCACAAAUUGAUAGGUCGCUUUACGUUGCACCAAACGCAAGUAAUGAAGAUGGUCAAAUUCAACAAUCACAACAACAAAACCAACAACAAAAAGGUUUACCUACAUUACCACCUACACAACAAGUUAUGAAUGCAUAUGCACAACCACCACCACAACCAACAUUUAACCAAAAUCAACAACAGAAUAACCACCAUCAAUACCAACAACGUAGUCAUCGUGGUGGAUACAACAAUAAUGGAUACUACGGUAAUUAUCGUGGUAGAGGUGGACCACCACGUGGAGGAGUGCCUAGAGCUUAGAUUCUUUUCUUUUGACUAUUUCUUCAAUCUGUGAUAUAGUUCUUCUCAUUUUUUCAACUCAUUUCCUUUAACGCUUUUCAACAUGCUUUCUUUUUAUUCAAUAUCUCCUUUUCUCAAUUUAGUUACUUGAAUCAGUAGUUAUCUCAAACAUCAAAUCAUUUGAUUCACUAACACUUAUCAAACAAUCCGUCAGGACGGGAUACUUUUACGUUAUUAAUAUGAAAAGAUAUCCUUUUAUUAUUAUAUUUGCAAAAUAAAUGCAAAUAUCCACCAAACUAGCCAGAUAUUGAAAGCAUUCAACAUGCUUUUUACUUUAGUUAAUCUAACCACCGCAAACGAUUAUCAACUAACCUUUAAACAAGCAAAACCCAACCGAUUAACAAUAAUAACCGAGAAAAUAAGAAAUAAAAAACUAUUUAAAUUCAGAUUGUAUUUGUAUCAAUGCAUUCAGAUUCAAUUUG